UCAAAGAUCUUGAGCAACUUGAUCUUAGUGACAAUUUGCUGAUUGGAACAAUACCAGCUACACUUGGAAUGUUACCCAAGUUGCGAGUAUUGAACCUCUCACAUAAUCAUCUCUCUGGCACCAUUUCUUCCAUUUUCGGUCCAAUGUCAGCUUUGUCUACUGUUGACAUAUCAAACAAUCAAUUAGAAGGCCGCCUUCCUAAAAACUCAGCCUUUUACAAGUUUGAUGCAUUGAGGAAUAAUAAAGGUUUGUGUGGUAAUGUCACUGGUUUAAGUCGGUGUGGUGAUUCCAAACUAAAUGGACAUAGCCAUGGGAGUAAAAAGUUCGUGAUAAUAUUCCUCCCAUUGGCCAUACUGCUAUUAGUACUUGUUGGAGCAUCUUACAUUUUUUACCGAAUAGCAAAAAGCAAAGAUGGACAAGCACCACCAGACGAGGUUUAUUCUAUAUGGAAUCUUGAAAGAGAAAUAUUGUAUGAAGAUAUCAUCGAAGCCACAAAGGAAUUUGAUGACAAAUAUCUUAUUGGGAAAGGCAGCCAAGGAAAUGUUUACAGGGCUGAGUUGCCUACUGGUGAUGUUGUUGCUGUAAAGAAGCUUCACUCUUUUGGUGGAGAAAUCUCCAACCAGAAAGCUUUUACAAGUGAGCUUCAGGCUUUGACAGAACUCAAGCAUCGUAACAUUGUGAAGCUAUAUGGGUUUUAUUCCAAUGCUCAAUUCUCCAUCUUGGUUUAUGAGUUCUUGGAAGGUGGCAGCUUGGAUAACAUACUAAAGAAUGAGAAACAAGCCACUGAAUUUGAUUGGAAGAAGAGGGUGAAUGCUGUUAAAGGUGUGGCUAAUGCAUUAUUCUAUAUGCAUCAUGGCUGUUCAAUUCCUAUUGUUCAUCGUGACAUAUCAAGCAAGAAUAUUCUUCUAGGUUCUGAAUAUGAAGAAGCUCACAUCAUUGACUUUGGAACUGCAAAGCUUUUGAAUCCUGACUCAAAAAAUAUGACCACAUUUGUCGGCACAUUUGGGUACGCUGCACCAGAGAUAGCUUUCAUCAUGGAAGCCAAUGAGAAAUGUGAUGUUUAUAGUUUUGGAGUGUUGACUUUAGAAAUCAUCAUGGGAAUACAUCCAGGAGAACUUAUUUCAUCUUUGAUGGAGGGAUCAACUGGUGAUGAUUUGUUGUUGAAGGAUGUGUUAGACCCACGACUUUCUCCCCUCACAAAACCAAUCCUAGAUGAGGUGAUCCUAGUUGCAAAAAUAGCAUGGUCCUGUUUGAAUGAGAAUCCUCAGUCUCGUCCAACCAUGGAACAAGUAUCUACGGAGCUCAGCGGUUCAAUUCCUCCGUCCAUUGGUAACUUGAUCAAUUUAACUCACAUCCAUCUCACAAACAAUAGUCUCUCAGGACAUGUUCCUUCCACUAUAGGAAACAUGACAAAGCUCACUGUCCUGCUGGUGAACCAUAACAACCUCAGUGGUUACCUUCCACGAGAAAUGAAUAACUUUACCGGUUGGUAUAACAUCCAAGUGGGUUAUAAUAACUUCAUUGGCCAUUUGCCACAUCAGGUUUGUCGAGGAGGCAAGUUAUUUAGGUUUAUGGCUUCUCAUAACCAUUUCACUGGUCCUAUUCCAACAAGUUUGAAGAAUUGCUCUAGUCUAGAAAGACUCGGGCUUGAAGGUAACCAAUUAGCUGAUAAUGUGACUGAUGCUUUUGGAGCAUACCCUCAAUUGAAUUACAUCAACCUGAGUGGUAAUAAAUUGUAUGGCCAUCUUUCAUCAAUGUGGGGGAAGUGUCCAAAUCUCACGCAGCUUGUCAUUGAUAAUAACAAGCUUUCUGGUGUUAUACCACCGGAAUUAGGAGAUGCAACUAAGCUUGGUGUGCUUAAUUUCUCUUCAAAUCAUUUCUCUGGACAAAUUCCAAAAGAGCUAGGAAAGUUGGUCUCUCUGACACGUCUCUCUUUGAGCCAUAAUAACUUCUCAGGUAAUGUUCCCUCAGAUAUAAAAUCACUUAACCUACUUGAAGAGUUGGAGUUGGAAGCAAAUAAUUUCAAUGGCUCAAUCCCAAAAGAAAUUGAGAGCUUAGAAAGGUUAAGAGAAUUGAAUCUGAGGAAAAACAGGUUUGAGGGAAGCAUUUCCUUGGAGUUUGGGAAACUCAGAGAUCUUGAACAACUUGAUCUGAGUGAGAAUUUGUUGAGUGGGAAAAUACCCACAAUGCUUGGAGUGUUACAGAAAUUGGAAAUAUUGAACCUUUCACGUAAUAAUUUCUCUGGCACUAUCUCCAGUUUCAGCAAAAUGUUAGUUUCUGCUGAUAUAUCAUUCAACCAAUUAGAAGGUCCUAUUCCAAACAACCAAGCCUUUCUCACCUUUGAAGCAUUGAGAAAUAACAAAGGUUUGUGUGGUAAUGUCUCAGGUUUACCAUUGUGUACUAAUUCCCAGCAGACAACUACUAAUGCCACAAUGGACUUUGAUGUCAGAUAUCUCAUUGCAAAAGGUGGUCAAGGAAGUGUUUACAGGGCAGAGUUGCCUACAGGUCAUGUUGUUGCUGUAAAGAGGCUUCAUUCAUCAAUAUCAACCUUGACAGAGAUCAAACACCGCAACAUUGUGAAACUAUAUGGGUUUUGUUCCAAUUCACAAUUCUCCUUUUUGGUUUAUGAGUUCUUGGAAGGUGGCAGCUUGGAGAACAUACUGAAAAAUGAGGAACAAGCCCCUAAGCUUGAUUGGAAUAAGAGAAUCAAUGUUGUUAAAUGUGUAGCCAAAGCUUUAUUCCAUAUGCAUCAUGGCUGUUCCAUUCCUAUUGUUCAUCGUGACAUAUCAAGCAAGAAUGUUCUUCUAAGUUCAAAAUAUGAAGAAGCUCGCAUCACUGACUUCGGAACAGCCAAGUUUUUGAACCCUAAUUCAAGCAAUAUCACCACAUUUGCAGGCACAUUUGGGUAUGCUGCUCCAGAGAUUGCUUACAUCAUGAAGGCAAAUGAGAAAUGUGAUGUCUAUAGCUUUGGAGUGUUGGUUUUGGAAAUCAUUAUGGGAAUACAUCCAGGAGAGUUUAUUUCAUAUUUGGCGGAGAAAUCAACCACAUAUGAUUUGCUAUUAAAAGAUAUGAUGGAUCCACGACUUUCACCCCCUAUAAAACGAAUCCGUCAUGAGGUUAUUGAAGCUGCAAAAAUAGCAUUUUCUUGUUUGAAUGAGAAUCCUCAAUCUCGUCCAACCAUGGAGCAAGUAGCUAUGAAGCUUGAAAGGCCACCAAAAUCUCAUUUAGAGGAUCAAUUUGACACCAUCACAAUUGGACAACUCAUGAAGGAUUGA